GACACUAUUUUAAGAAUUAUUCAAUAUUUUUACCUUUUUUAUUGUAAUAUCGAUAUUUUUAUUCCAACUACUGUUUCACAUGUAAUUUUCGUGUUUAUUCAAAUAAAUAAAUGGAAUAAAAGGAUGUUUAUUGGAGUCCAAAGAUUGUUUGUCCUGCUCGCAGUUUGUGGCUUUGGGAUACACAAAGGCUCAUGUGCGGACGGAAAUGAUGCAAAGAAUCUUAGAAAACAGCUAUUUGUAACUGAUGGUUACGACAAAAAGGUCAGACCUUCCAACAACCAAUCUGAUCCAAUAGAGGUAUACGUGAGUUUGUAUUUGCUGUCAAUCAAUGAAUUAAGUGAAACAACAGAGACAUUGAAGACAACAGCUUAUCUUUGGAUCACGUGGUAUGAUGAGUUUCUACAGUGGGAUUCAUCAGACUACGGGGGAAUCGACUAUUACCAUUGGCCGCAGGGAGAUGUAUGGAAACCGGAUGUUGCACUGAAGAACUCAUUCUUGGAGUAUAAGGAACUAGGAGUUUCGUCUCUGAACGUUCUCGUCUCAUCUGAUGGUUACGUUGAAUGGUAUCCAUUUCAGGUUUUCCAAUCUACGUGCUCCGUAGACAUCACAUAUUUUCCAUUUGAUACUCAAGAAUGCAAAUUAAAGUUUGUGGCUUGGAGUUAUUCAACGUAUGAGGUUUAUAUGGACAGUGGAGACAAAGGGAUAGAGUUGGAAGAGUAUGAAUCAAACUCAGAAUGGGACGUCAUUGACACAAGCUACUCGGUGAACUGGGAAUCCGCGGAGUCUUCUGUUGUAUUCAGCAUCAAAAUCAAAAGAAAACCACUUUAUGUCCUUCUCUCAGUGAUCAUGCCAAUAAUUAUGUUGGCAGUUUUGAACAUUUUUGUAUUUGUCCUACCUUGUGAUAGUGGCGAAAAAGCUAGUUAUUCUAUAACAGUCUUCUUAGCUUUUGCGGUAUUUCUGUCUAUAAUUUCUGCAACCUUUCCGGAAAACUCCGAAGUGGUCGCUUUAUUUUCUGUCUAUCUUAUUAUCCAGACGCUUCAGAGCACAGUAAUUACACUCAUUGCCCUAGCCCUUACCCGAUAUGCUUCGUUCGAUGGUCUAGGAACACCUGUACCUCAUCAACUAAAAGCUUUUCUUAAUGUCAUCACCUGCAAAACCUGCUGCGCGAAAUACAUUCGUAAAAAUCAGGUUACCGAUAUUGAAAUCAAUGCUGAAAAGGCUACAAAAAAGUCAAAUGAAAAGUUAGACAACAAACACUUUAUUCUCAAGAAAAAUGAGAAUAGUGUGCAGAAUAGUGAUCAUCCAUCUAGAUUUAAUACCUGGAAAGAAGUUGUUAACAAGCUUGACGUUAUAUUCUUUGUUUUCUUCACUUGUGUUCUCAUUAUCUCCACUCUUCUCUUCUUUGUCAUAUCUGCCACAAAAUAAUUUAAGAUUUUUGAAUAUACUUUCUUCUUGGCCAUAUCUACAAUUUAAUGAUUCAAGUAUUUUAACAUAUUUUCUACUUUUUCAUAUCUGCAACAGAAUCAUUUAAGGUUUUAAUACAUUUGUUACUGUUUCAUAAAGUCAAAAUUGUUUAAUGUUUUUAAACUCAUGACAACAUUCUUUGUCCAGAAUCAAAAAUGAUAAUCAAGAUUCGUAUUUAAAGUUACUGACGAACUCCUGAAUUGUUGAAAGCGUAUGUUGUAAUAUAUCGUAGCCUUUAAAUAAAAGAACAAAAGAGCAAAUAUAAAUUGAAUAUAAAGUUUAAAAAUAGAUUAUCGUUUAUCAUUUUAGCGAUUAACCUGUCCGUGCCCUGUCUUAUUUUUGUUUGGGGUCCGCCUGGGCUCUUGCCGCUGGUUCUUGUUGCUGCGUCGUGUGGGGGUUGAGUUCAUUGAACGCCGCCUUUCCUUGUUGAUCUUGUUUAUCAUAUUUUACAUUUGAAAGGUCCUUAUUCGGGAACUAUAUUAGUUUUUUUCCCGAUCUUCUACUAAUGAACAUCAGGUUUCUUUUUUUCUCUCUCAAUAUGUAUAUUAUUAGUUAUAAAGAUCGUUGACAGGUUAUAUGGCCCUAUAUAAACGGCUAUUUGUAAAUAUAACCCGAGCCGUUAGGCGAGGGUUAUAUCGCAAAGAGCCGUUUAUAUACGGCCAUAUAACCUGUCAACAAUCUUUAUAACGAAUUUAUAAUACAGCAAGCAUCAUUUUUAUAGAAAAAAAGUAAGAUUUCUUCAUGAAUCGACAGCAGCCAUGUAUAUAAAACUAUAUAAACGUCACGAUUAUCCAAUGAAAAAUGACGUUACAAACGUGCAGUAUUAUAAAGCAAAAAAGAAAACAAUUGGCUUGACGUCACAAUAUGAUCGACGUCGCAGUAAAAUAAAACAAAAGCGUGUUUCUUUUGACCCACUUGAAUACUUAUAACUUGAGUUUAAAUAGACGUAUCAACAUGAAAAAAAGUGCAAAUUUAAGUUCAGCCAAAUAUCUAAAAACUGAUAAAACAAUGAAUUUAAUCAGAUUCGUGCUGCUAAAAAAACCAUAAAAUAAAACGAUAAAAACAUGAAAAAAAUCAAUCUUGACACCAUGUCUUUUACAAUUUGCCGAAAGUUAGAAACCAUGUCCAAUAGCAUUUAUGGGGUACCUUCCACUUGUGUACCUGCUCAUGACGACAUGAAGCGGACCGUCUUCUAUACGAUAUUCUGAUGUGUUUAUUUGCCGGCAAAUAAACACAUCAGAAUAUCCGAUUCCCGUAUAGAUAUUGAAUUACUUAAUAUGGUGUAAUGAAGUAUUUUACGAUAACAUAUGCGCAAUAUUAAAAUUUAAAAUAUACAAUACAUGUAUAUAUUCCAUAGAUAUACGUUAACAUGCUUUUUCGUUUAAAGGAACACCUUUUCUGCGUCUGAAAUACAAAAAAACAACAAAAACAACUGACUCUAUUUCCAAAAUAAUUGUCAAAACGGUAUGACAUUUUAUGUAUGUAAUUGAAACUGAUAUUUUGCUGGUGAAAUAAAUUCUAUAUAAUGUA